AUGAAUAAAGGACCAAGAGCAGUACAAUUAAUAUCAGUAGAUGAAAAUAAGCGUAAUAAUAUCCAAUAAUAUCAUCAGAACUUAAGUUGGAAUAAGAAGCAAUUGAAAUUAUCUAAUCAUUCUCAGAUAAAUGCAAGAAUUUUGCAGUUGUAGUAGUAGUGGGCAAAUAUAGAACAGGGAAGAGUUAUCUAAUUAACUAAGUGCUGUUACAAUAGAAUCAAGGAUUCAAUGUGGGAAGUACAGUCAAUGCCUGCACAAAAGUAUUAACAGGAUAUAAAAUAUCAAUAGGGAUUAUGGAUGUGGAGUGACAUUAUCUAUUUCGAAUCUGGAAGAUCAAAAGAACCUAUUCCUGCAAUUUUGAUAGAUACUGAAGGAAUAGGUUCAUUGGAGGAGGAGUAAAAUCAUGAUGUUAAAAUAUUUCUAUUGGCAAUGUUGAUGAGCUCGUAUUUCAUUUAUAAUAGUGUUGGUACUAUCGAUGAUAUGGCAUUACAAAAUUUGGGAUUAAUAGUAUACCUUAAUAAAUAAUCAAUAGGUUAAUCUAACCAAAAUGUUACAAAAAACAGAUGAAUCAACUUAGAAGGAUCUCUUUGAGACAUUUCCUUCAUUUUUAUGGAUCCUCAGGGAUUUUACAUUAAGAUUAGAGGAUGAAUUUGGAAACAAAAUUACACCUAAGGAUUAUCUAGAAAAUGCAUUGAAACCAUUAAAAGGGUUUAGUGAAACAAUAGAAAAUAAGAAUAAAAUAAGAAGACACAUUACAUAGUUUUUUUAAGAACGAGAUUGUAUGACACUAGUGAGACCCACUUAAGAUGAAAAAGAUUUACAGCAUUUAUCUUCGUUGAAAUUUACAGAAUUAAGAACUGAAUUUUAAGAACAACUUACUGCAUUAAGAAAGAAGUUCUCUUAUAAGAUUUCAUUAAAAUAAUACAAAGGAAAACCAACUACUCCCUUUAGUUUUGUUGAAAUGUGCAAGUAAUUCUUAAAAUCAGUAUUUUAGACAUUUUGUGAAUACAAUCAAUGAAGGUAAUAUGCCAGUUAUUGAGACACAAUGGUAAAUGAUAUGCAAAUAGGAAUUGAAUAGAACUCUUAUAGGGGGUUUGAAAAUUUAUAAAGACAGCAUAGAUGAAUUAUUACAAUAAAAUGGAAUCUCAUAGGAAUAAUUGGAAAAAUCACAUCAUAUUGUAUUAUAAUUUAAUUUAUUUGUAGUUUGUGAGAAAAGUUAAAUAUUAUUUGGAGAACAAUUGUUUAGAUAAAGAAAGUGAGGAAUUCAGUACAGCUAAGAAAAUGAUUAAGUAAUAGAUUUAAGAAUUAUAUGUUGAUGCAUAAUAAAGACUGAAUAAGAAACAUGAAGAAUAAUUGGAAGAAAUUAAGAUACAAUUUUUAAAUAAAUUAAAUGAACAAUAGUAAUAAGAGAACAUUUGGGAAUUGGUAGUUGAUUUGAAUUAGAAAUAAACUAUGAUUUGGAAUAGUGGGGCCAAUCAAAAUUUAUAAAUUGAUUAUAUUCAAUAGAUACAAUAAAAUGUAAUGAAUAAGAUUUAAUAUGAAUUCAAAAAAUUAUCAUUGUAAUUGAAGUAAUACCACAUUUAUAUUUAAGAUAAUAAUGUGACAAUGGAAAUUAGAUAUAAGAGGAUUUUAAAGAGUAGAAAUAGAGAUACAAGAAAUAGGAAGAUGAUUUAUAUGAAAAGAUUACUUAAAUGGAAAAGGAUAAGAAUCAAUUAAGAAUUGAGUUAGAAUCUGAAAAAAAUAAGAAUUUGAGAUAAUAAUAACAAAUUUUAUAAUCUUAAACAACUGUAGAUAAUAAGGUAAGUGAAUAUAUGAAUAAAUUGAAAUAAAUUGAAAAGUCAUACAAUGAUCAAUUGAAUGAGAAGGAUGUUCUCAUUUAGAAUUCAGAAUUGAAAUAAAAACAAUAUCAAAAUGAAUUAGAUAAAGUUAAAGCUCUAUAAAAACAAUAAGAUAACCUAAAUCAAUAAGAAAUAGCUAAUUUAAGAAGGGAAAUUGAAAGAUUGAAGGAUGAGAUUUCAGAUAAAUCAGAGACUAUUACUAAAUUAAAAUAAAGUUUAGCAGAAACAGAAAAUGUUUCUUAAUAUUCAUCUUUACAACCAAGCAGAAGAAUUAAAAAUUAAGAUGAACAUAACACAUCUACUUUUAAUAAAGAUCUUUAUGAAUAUUAAAUUUCUACUUUAUAAGCAUAAUUAGAUGAAUAAAAGAAAUUAACUUAAAAUCUAUUUGAUGCUUUCAAUAGUUAAAAUAAUUUAUAAAAAUCCAUUUAUGAUAAUAUGUCAUAAUCUCAAAAUUUGAUGAAUAAUAAUAAAUUAUAUCAAUUUUUGAAUGUUAUUCAUUAAUUGAUAGGAUAGUUUGUAGGAAGAACAGAUGAAAGAGAAGGGAAGGACUUUAAAUCAUUGAUUCAAAAAUUGUUCAAUCUAUUUGAGGAUAAUGAUAAUAGUUUCAUAAACAAUAAUUUAACUGAUAGACCAAAGUUAAAGAACAGUGAAAGUUAAAGAAUUGAAAAGACUAUGUCCUCUGAAUCUCCAAAAAAUUCAAAUCUCAGCAAUUGUUAGAAUAUUAAUCCUUUUAGAUCUCCAGACUAACCAAAAUAUUAAAAUACUAAAAUGACAAUUAUGUAAAUGUUUAUGUAACACAAAAACAAAGAGAAAGAUUAAGAAAAAUUGAGAAAGAGUGCAUAAUUGGAAAAUGUAUUAAAAAAUAGAAAUAAUAUGCAUGUUCAAAGAAAAAUGUGUUGAUUUUAAU